UUCUUGCGUAUGCCUCAGAGACCUGGGAUAGCAUCUUUUGGUUUCGUUUCUGCUUUCACCCAGCCCACAGGUUUCAGCCAAGGGACUUGGUGGCAGCAAAGCUCUCUGGAAUCCCCAAGGUGCAGGCUGGGGUGGGCUUGGCCUCCGUCCCCCGCUUCUCCAGAUGGAAGGUGGCCAGAUGGCUGCCAAAGCGCCAUCCCUCUGGGAGACCCUUUCCAGCGGCUUCCUGACUUGUUCCAUUUGCCUGGAGCCCUACUGCCAGCCCAAAAUCUUGCCUUGCCUCCACACCUACUGCCAGGACUGUUUGAGGAAGCUGCUGGAUGGGUCAAAGCAGGAGCUGCAGUGCCCCGAGUGCCGUGAGCGGGUGCCCCUCCCGGCCGGCGUGGAGGGCCUGAAGACCAACUUCCUCAUCAAUGGCCUCCUGGCCCUGGUGCCUCCGGUAGAGAACUCCAGGGCCACCUGUAGCCUGUGCCCACUCAUUGGCCAAGAGGCUGGCUCCGUGGCUGUGUCUCACUGCUUGGAUUGUGCUGAUAACCUGUGUCAGGCCUGUGCCCGUGGGCACCGUUGCUCCCGGCUUACCCACAACCACCUCAUCGUAGACAUGGAGGGCUACUGCUCUGGGAGGUACAGCGAGGAGGUCUGGAAACGCCAGGCCGCUCAGUGCAAAGAACACCAGGGGGAAGGACUUCAGUAUUUCUGCAUUCCCUGUGCAGCUACCCUGUGCCGCGAGUGUCGCCUGGGCCCCCACCUGCAGCAUCCAUGCCUGUCUCUGUCAGAGGCUGCCCAGGCCUGCCGCCCCAUCAUUGCGGGCCUCUUGGCUGGGGUAGAGGAGAUGAUGGGGCUCAUCUCCAAGGGGAAGUCCAGCCUAGAGAAGGAAAUGGAGCAGAUGGAGACGUGGAACUUGAACAUCCGCAGGGCAGUGGAGCAGAUGUGUGCCAAGGUGGUAGAGCAGCUGCUCGCCCACCAGGAGAAGGUCCUGGGCCAGCUCUCUGACUUCAUGGAUGAGCAGAAGAAGGUCCUGGAGCUGCUGUUUUCCAAGCUGGACUUCCAGGAACAGGCAGCCUCUACCACGGUGGCCUUUGCCCAGAAGGUGCUGAGUCUGGGCCAAGAGGGGGAGGUUGUGUCCUUGGAGCAGAUGAUCUCCGAGAGGCUGAGGCAGCUGCAGAGCUUCUCCUGGGAGCCCCCCACCUUCCAGGCCCCCAAGCUCCAUGUCCAGCCAAGCCUCCUGAGCAGCUGUGACCUUUUCCGCCUGGAGUUUCACGAGGCGGCCGUGGCCCCGGCCCUGGUGUGCAGCGAGGAGAACCCCACCACCCCAGCCAGGAAGAACGCAAAGCAGAAGCAGGGCAAGCAGGAGCAGCUCCGUGGAGGGGAAGGGGGGAAGGCCACCCCCCAGGAAGAGGCCCCAAAGGGGGAAAGCCCUAGUGGGCCUCCUCCCUGCAAGGGGCUGAAGGUCCCCCGGCUGGUUCCUAAGCCCAUCUUUUCCUGCAGCUUUUGGGUGAAAAUCCCAAGCGACAAGAAGCGGCCCCAAGUCACAGGCCUGUGUUCCUUUGGCUCCAGCGAAGUCCUCGUGGCUGACGAGGGAAACAAGAAGCUGAAGCGCUUCUCCCUGCAGGGAGAGUUCAAGGGCACUUUCCCCGUGCCGAAUGGUGUGGCUCCCUUCAGUGUGGCUGCCGUGGGCAACAAGGUGUUCCUCACUGCUGGAUCUCAGCUCUAUGCAUUCAAUGAACAGGGGGGGCUUAUGUGGCAAAAGGAGCUCGGGAGGGGUCAGGCCAGCCAUGUGGUGACCACAUGUGAUAGGGACCAUGUGGCUGUGGCUGUGGCGGGACAUCUGGAGGUGUUCGACUUGAAAGGGCACCUCUUGGAGAAGAUUCUGCCAGGGGGCUCACAUGGGAGGUGCCUGGUGUUCCUGGCCAGAUGGAAAGGGGGUUUUGUGGCAUCUGACUGGCAUCGCCGUAGUGUGGUGCUGUUCACCAGGAAAGGGGAUCUGGUGACUGAAUGCCAGGAAGAGCAGUUGCGUGGGUACCAACCAGGCAGUGUCUGUGCUGAUGCCCCUGGGAUUGUCUAUGUGGUGUUUCGGGAGCUGGACAAGGUUGUGGCCUUCUCGGAGGCUGGGGAGGAGCUGGGGUCAUUUGUCACAGCAGAGGACAGCAUCUACAAACCACGAGUGGUCACCAUUGCUGGGGAUGGAUAUUUUAUGGUAGCCCUGACCAAUGGCACCAUCCAUGUCUUUAGGAUCAAGUACCUGGGCAAGUGA